ACCUAAGGGACCGUGCGGUGCGUCUGUACUGGUGCCACAUGUUUGCGCGUGGCCGUGACGGCGCCCUCGCGCGUGUCUCCUCCCCGUCAGCGGCCGGAUUUACCGCAGCCUGCUGCAGUCCGCUCAGUCCGCGGGCACCGGCUCCGCAGCGGAGCCGCGAACCGACCGUUUGUUGAAGGCGAACAGCCGCGAGCCACGCGUCGACACCGGCGACCGUCGUCGAGCCGACCGCUGCCGCGCGCCCUGACGCGGCGCCGCCGACGCCGCGAUGCCUCCCGGGGUGGCGACCGCGCCGCGGAGCUCGUCCGCCGGCUGCUUCUGCGCGUGCUGCGGGGGGGUGGUGAGACCGUAUUUCUCCGACCACUCCGUGAUCUCUCGAGGGGAGAUUUAUCAGCUUAUCAGUGAAAGUUUCCUGACAGUUAAAGGCGCUGCUCUCUUCUUACCUCGAGGAAAUGGCUCCUCCUCUUCUUCUGCCUCUCGCUUCUCACAGCUCCGCAGCAAACAUGCAGGAGACAUCCAGCAGCACCUGCAAACCAUGUUCACGCUCCUCCGACCAGAAGACAACAUCAAACUGGCCGUCCGUUUGGAGAGCGCCCACGCUCAGGUUACCCGCUACAUGGUGGUGGUGUCAACCAAUGGCCGCCAGGACACUGAGGAGAGCGUGGUGCUGGGAAUGGAUUUCAGUCCUGUGGACAGCUCCUGUUCUAUAGGGCUGGUUCUGCCCCUAUGGAGCGACACUAUGAUACACCUGGAUGGUGAUGGGGGAUUCAGUGUGUCAACUGACAACAGAGUUCAUGUUUUCAAGCCUGUUUCUGUGCAGGCCAUGUGGUCGGCCCUGCAGUCACUCCAUAAAGCAUGUGAAGUUGCCCGUUGUCACAACUACUACCCAGGUAGUUUGUUCCUCACCUGGGUCAGCUACUAUCAGAGCAGGGUCUGCUCUGACCAGGUGCGCAUCAACGAGUGGAACGUCAUGCAGGACGUGCAGUCCCAUCGAGCCGACUCUCCCGUCCUCUUCUCUGACGUACCCACUGAGCGGGAGCUCACAGAGCGACAGAUCAAAGCCAGUUUGAGGGAGAUCAUGAUGCAGAAAGACCUUGAGAACGUCACGUGCAAAGAGAUUCGAACAGAGCUGGAAAUGCACAUGACGUGCAACCUCCGAGAGUUCAAGGAGUUCAUCGACAAUGAAAUGAUUCUCAUCCUGGGCCAGAUGGACAGUCCUACAGAGAUCUUUGAUCAUGUCUUCUUGGGAUCUGAGUGGAAUGCGUCCAAUUUGGAAGAGCUGCAGAAGAGUGGGGUUCAGUACAUCUUGAAUGUAACAAGGGAGAUUGAUAACUUCUUUCCCGGUGUCUUUGACUAUCACAACAUCCGUGUUUAUGAUGAGGAGGCCACUGACCUGCUCGCCUAUUGGAACGACACCUACAAGUUCAUAUCUAGAGCCAAGAAAGACGGCUCCAAGUGUCUGGUGCACUGUAAAAUGGGAAUAAGUCGCUCUGCAGCCACAGUGAUUGCGUACGCCAUGAAGGAGUACGGCUGGGAUUUGAAGAAGGCCUUUGGAUAUGUCAAGGAGCGUCGGACUGUGACCAAACCUAACCCCUCCUUUAUGAGGCAGCUGGAGGAAUAUCAGGGAAUCCUGCUGGCCAGCAAACAGAGGCACAACAAACUGUGGCGCUCCCACUCUGACAGCGACCUGUCCGAGCACCACGAGCCGCUGUCCAAGUCGUACGCGCAGCCCCACAGCUUGGGCCGCUCCGACCCUCACAACCAGGCCAGCAACGCGGCCGGUGCCUCUGUCAAGGAGCUGCUGGAGUCACUGGGAACCGGCAAAGCAGCACACUGCAGCAGUCAGCCUGAUACCGGCAUCCAGUCCAAUCAGCGCAGCUCCUCGUCCUUUGAAAGGGCGGCGGCUUUAUCGUGUGUGUCUGCUCCGAGUCAUGAGACUCCCUCUGCUGCAGUAGCCCAGAGCGGCCGUCGGGCUCGGCCCUGUUCUGAAUCCACAGCUGGUUCUGUGUCUCCGCUAUCUCCUCCGCUUUCUAAUGGACCCUUCUCACCACCCCUCUCCCAUCCAAGGGCUGCCACUGUGAUGCCCGAGCCUCACAAGACAGAUAUCGUGACUGUUGCGCAGAGCGUCGUGGUGGGCCAGCCUCACCCGCCUCCGUCUCUUCACCACCUCCCCCUCUCCCCUGCCCCGUCCUCCACUUCAGCCUGCGCGUGUGAGGAGGUUAUCAAACCGCAGGUGUUAAAAACGACCCCAGCCUCCCUGUCUGAGCCCAUGACAGCACAAGCACCAAGCGCAGAUAGAAAAUCAGACUGUGACCAACAGAUAUGUGGCCCUUCCUUAGCGGCCCAACCUCCCUCCACUAGUUCUUUUAUCAGCUGUCCCAGUGCCAUUCCACAGGACAAAGAGCUGUUGUUUGGGCACAGUACAGAUCACAUUAACUUUUUCAGUGCCAGAGAAAAGUUCAAGGAAAUGAGCCAAGAUGGAAAGAGCGUAUGUUGCGUGGCGCAGCAGUCACCUCAGAAGAGUGGUGCUAAGGAACCGCAGCCGCUGCUCCAGGAUGCGUCGAAAGGUGACGUGAAGGAGGACGAGAGGGGAAAGGUCACAGGACUGAAGCCAGCUGUGCAGACCGAAACACCUGGUUCCUCCGUUGGCUCCGUUUGUCAGCCAGAGCUUCAGGACCCCCAAGACCAGGAAGUGAAGAAGGCUGGACAGGAAGUAGAUGACAGAAAUGCUGUGUCCCUGAAGGAAGCUGAGAAUGUGAAAGAGGAAGCGAAAAACAAAGAGGAGGAGGAGGUGCCCCCUGCUCGUCUCUACAGUGAUUGGACCAGGGGUUCCGUGCGGCGGGUCACACAGCAGCUGGAGCAAAGAAUGAAACAGGAACACGAGGCCCCGUCGCCCACCUCGUCUCCACCCUCCGUCUCCAGUAGCACCUCCUCCCAGCGCCGCUCGGCCAGCCUCCAUUCGGUGUGUGAUGCUCAGGAGGCAUCAGUGUGCCUGCAGGGCUCAGGAGUGAGCACUGUGCGGGAGGAGCCGGAGGAGGACGAUGGGAGGUUAGCACCGGAGAGAAGGGAUGGGGGUGUGGUCGAGACGGAGGCACUGAGAAACAAUCACGGAAGCACAAAGGAACACAAACUGAAGCCUGUUGAUACUAGUUUGCUCUCUACCUCAUCUUUCCAUCGUUUUGCCCCGUCUCCCUUUGCCUCUGUGAACUUCCUGUGUCUGGAGGGCGUGACCGAGCUGGAGUCUGCCACCGACUGGGACUGCCCCACAGAGGGGCCUGACGUCAUCAUGAGGGAGACGUGGGAGACCUUGUGCGAGCUCGGUGCCUUCCUGCAGCAGGUGAGCGCGGGCGGCGCCGACAAAGCCCGCUGCGUGGACCAGGUCUUCGGCCCGGGUGCCAGAACCGCCCCGAAGCGAGGCAGCAGCAUCCAGCAGAGGGUGAGGGAGGUGGAGGCCAGGAUCCGCCAGGCGGGGCUGACUCCGCCCUCCCUGUUGAAACGCUCCGCCUCUCUGGCCAAACUGGGCUGCCUGGAGCUGCUCGCCAACGACCUGAGCGACUGGGAGCUGGGCCACUGCCUCGUGGCCCCGCCCUCGACGCAGCCGCCGCUUCACACAACCGCUGACGAGUCCAAGAAGCAGCGGGUCCACAGCUCGGGUUCCCUCGCCGAGCAGCAGCUGGACGCCCUGGAGGUUGAUAGAGAAAGUCACGCUGAAGCUGGAGAAACGUCCCCAGGAGCGGCGCCGGCAUCAAAGCGGAGCGUUCAGAGCACUAAACCCAACUGUGGCCCAGAUCCUCUGCAAUGGACUGGGCCCACGUUCAUGACAACGAGGCAGCAGUAUGGAAGGACUCACCCCCUGAGGCGGCUUAAGAAAAGAACUAUCCGCCAAGAGCCUGUGUGUGAUCUCUGAUACGAGACACUUGCCUCAAUGCAAGAGCGGCACAAGGCAAUGAAGGUUCCAGUUAGCUGAAAUGUAAACAAACCCGAAGACACGUUUGCAGAAUAAAAACCUUUCAAAAGACGUUUUUUAUAACAGAAAAAAAGCACAAUCACCCAAGUUUUGUAACUUGCCUCCGACGUUAACGCUCCUGAGCCUGCGCACGCUCGCUGCUGGUUCCAUCACCUGACUUGAUGUUCGAUGGAAUGUAACCGCGUCCUCGAGCCUCAUCGCCGCUGUUGGUCGUGGCGACGACGCGACAGGCGGCUGAGUCUAAACACACGCACGUCCUCAGACUCAAGGACGAGCGUGAGAGCUUGGACCCGUGUGGCAGAGGCGCCACUUUCAUGUUUUCUGGCCGUGAACGCACUCUGAACCACAGCGGAUGCCAAUAAGUGUUUAACCCAGGAGCGGGUGAGCUGAUGGACACUGAGACCACAUGUAGAGAAUCGAUGCUGUUGUGCUGUUCGUCUGCUCUGCACUAUACCUCGGUGAGUCAACGAAAUGUGACCCGCGCAAGCGUCUGCCUCUGGAUUCCUGGAGUUCCAGAAACGCUUUCACCUCCGCUACUUGACGAACUGAAGUGAACCCGUGUGCGGUGCCGCCCGGCGGUUCCGAUGCGGCGGGAGGCGGGCUGUGUGUGUGUCUGUGAGGGUUCUGCCUGUGUCUCUGUGGGACGUGAAGGUCUGUGACGUGAGCGUCGGCACGUUUUCAUAUCUGCUUUGUGGCUGUGAGCGCUUGUUUUGUACACCUGGUGUGAGCGUGCCUGUGACUGACAGGUGGAGCUCUGCAGUCCAUCAGAAAUGUCUGUACAGGGACGUCUGUCGUUCAUGCACUUUACUCCCCGGCUGAUUCUCCGUGUGGCUUCUGUGUGCGGUUGCUGCUUUCUGGGAGCAUGCUUAGGGAAUGUGUGUGUUUGCUGUCACCAACUGGUUUAUUUUGUCUCCUUUUAAACUGUCACUGUAAAUAUUUUAUAUAAUGUGCUUCAACUGUGACCAUUAAACAGUGAAACUGA